AUGCAUUCCAGCAAGGUUCUUGGUGCAUUGAUUGUUCUAUUACAUACCAUAAUUGGAAGUCCCAACCAAGGAACUUUGGCACCCAAGCAUGAAUCCGAAGAAUGGAUUCCGUCGGACAUUUCUAUAGCUUAUCUAAAUUGGAUUAAGGAGCGAAGGGCAGUUGUUUCGACUACAUUGCCCUUAAACAUCAAAAUUGCUUCCACUGAGUCUCAAGAAAAUGAAGUUUUUUAUCAAAUUUCGAAUGCAUCCGACCUUCUCCUACGAUAUCGAGAAACGGAACGGGAACAGCGUGGAAAAGUUAUUGAAUCUCUCUUCAACACCCCGGGAUUUGAAAUAACCACUAGCAUUCCAGUUGCCCAGCCACUUUCCAGUGCUCCUCAACCAAAUGAAGGAAGGUCUUCUAAAGAGGCACCAUAUGGAAAAAUUUCAGUCGGUGUAAUCGUAAUUUUGACAAUUGUGGCCUCAAGCAUAACUAUAGGAGGAAAUAUCCUGGUGCUGGCCGCAUUCUAUGUUGAAAGAACAUUAAGAAUGCCCACAAAUUACUUUAUAGCUUCCUUGGCUGUCACGGAUGUUUUGAUCGGAAUUUUCUCAAUGAAUCUAUACAGUCUUUACCUACUUCUGGGAUACUGGCCUUUGGGUCGUUUACUUUGUGACCUUUGGUUGGGGCUCGAUUACACUCUUUGUCUAACCAGUCAAUACACUGUCCUAUUCAUAACUCUUGAUAGGUUCUUCUCUGUCAAAAUCCCGGCUAAAUAUCGCAAUUGGCGAACGGCUAACAAAGUUCUAGUCAUGAUUGCGAUCACCUGGAUUCUUCCCUCAACCAUAUUCUUCACAACCAUUCUUGGAUGGCCUUAUUUUAGCAAGCAUAACCAUGUUAGGAAGAGUGGAACCUGCUAUGCAGAAUUUUCAAGCAAUCCUAUGUUUAACACAAUUUUAACAAUCGCUUACUUUUGGGUAACACUCUCGGUCAUGACUGGUCUUUACAUUGGAAUAUACAUGGUUGCCUUACGCCUGCAAAAGAAGUCGGAAAAGAAAAUAGAAAAGGUUAAAAACUUGCUAACCAUGCCAAGCCAAAACAUUUCUUGCAAAAGUGGCGGAUCGACAGUAAAUGAGACAGAAAUGGAAUUUGGUGAAUCGUAUCAUUUGGCAAGCAGUAAUGAGACUGGUGCUCGAGUCACUUCAGGAGAGUUUGACUCCGGACCAAAUGUCCAAAAUUAUUCUAAGCAGUCCAAACUUACUUCGACGACUUUUCAGACAGGCACCGAGAAGGAGGAUAUGAUGCCAUACUGUGGCCCCGUAUCGCCACGCCACAAUUCAUCAGCAAUGGAUAAUCCAGGUCUGCCCUCCGGUGCGAAAGCAAAUGCCGUUUAUGCAAAUAACUGCUUUUUUGAGUCAACAUCGCAUCCGCUAGGCAAUUAUUCAUCAAAGGCAUCGCCAACUUCCAUAGCGGAAACUGUAUUUGUUGAUAUACGAUCACCACAUUUGAGUGAUCCAGAAAUCAUGGAUACAACAAAAAUUAUUGAAAAAAACUGUCACAGCUUUCCGUCGUCACCCGCAGUUCAUGUAUUCUCUGAUCUAGAAACAUCUUGCAGUAGUGGUAGCGAUGGGAGCAGUCUGAAGCUCAGUUUUGCAUAUUCGCAGGAGUUUCCACAUCACUCGUACAAUAGCAGUCCUUGUGGUCCCUCCGCAGCAUUUGGAAGGGAUCAAGAAUUCAACAAGAAUUUAAAUAAUUUUGCAUAUACUAUGCCAAAUUAUGAAUGUCGAUCAAUCCAAGAUGGUAAACGUAAUUCCAGUUCAGAUCAGAACAUCAAGGCUGGUAGACAGCAGGAUAGAGGAAAUGCGUCUGAACGAUGUCCUUUCACCGAUGCGCAUCCUUUGCCAUUGAAUAAAGUAACGCGACGAGUUUCAAAAGCAACUGCAGCGCGAGUGGCUCAGAUAUGGCAAGAUCGGCUUAUGAUGCAGACUCAAAGUCAAAUACAACGGGAAAAAAACCACAAACUCACUCAAGGCAGUAAAUAUCGAAGGGCCUCAGAUAUUAGUCAGAACUCAGGCAACGACACUACCGACAGCCGUGUGACAGGUAUGCCUAAAAAGCCAUCUCGGGUUGGAAAGAAGAAUGUUCUGAAUAGUUAUUUUCAUCGCGUUCAUGACACAAGUACGAGUGUCACCAGGCAAGCCCCCAUGGAGCGUGGCCGUACAGCAAAUCGAGCAAGAAAGGCCCUCAAAACCAUCUCUAUAAUUCUUGGGGCUUUCGUACUAUGCUGGACACCCUACCACAUUGUUAUUUUAAUCAAGGGAUUUUGCGACGACCCUCAAACCACUUACACCUGCGUUAACCAUCACCUCUACAGCAUUACCUAUUGGAUGUGCUACAUGAACUCGCCCAUCAAUCCCUUCUGCUAUGCUCUAGCCAAUGCUCAGUUUAAACAAGCUUUCCUUAGGAUUUUGCGAAUGGAUCUCAAUCGACGGUGA